UCUGCCUCUAAUCACUCCUAGAUCGAGUGAUCGAGAGCUAGCUUAUAAUCAACAACAUGAUGAACAAGCUCCUGACAAGCUCCCUGCUAGUGGCGGUGGUUAGCUAUCUGGCCUUUCAGUUGCUGACAUGGUCUCCACGACACCUUCCCUACAGAGCAGUAACAGAGACAGAGUUUGACUAUGUGAUUGUGGGUGCUGGCUCUGCUGGAUGUGUGCUGGCCAACAGACUCAGUGAAGAUGGAAACUACUCAGUACUCCUCAUUGAAGCAGGACCGCAAGACUCUAUGCGAGAAAUACACAUACCCUUGGCCUUUGCUAAGCUCCAACUCUCCGACGUCGACUGGAACUUUAAGACAAUUCCUCAGGACACUUGUUGCGGAGGCUUUAACUCACGACAGUCUGCAUGGCCCAGAGGGAAGGUUGUUGGUGGUACGAGCUCCAUUAAUGCAAUGGUAUACACGAGAGGAAAUAGCGAGGACUACGAUCGCUGGGAGAAGUUAUACGGGGCCAAAGGAUGGUCAUAUAAAGAUGUAUUGCCGUACUUCAAGAAAUCAGAGAACUAUCAAUUGAAAGACGGCGAUGGAGAGUUCCACGGUGUAGGAGGGCCAUUGAUAGUGGACAAAGCCAAGUACGUCACUCCAGCAGCUAGAGCUUUUGUGGACGGAGCCAAAGAAAUAGGAUUCAAAGAGAUUGAUUACAACGGACCUUCUCAAAUUGGAGUUAGCUUGACACAGCAGACCGUCAAGAAUGGAGCCCGGUGGAGUACAGCUCAAGCCUUUUUGCACCCUGCCCGACGACGCCCCAACUUGUUUGUACUCACAGAGACGACUGUGCGAUCACUGGACACGAGUGAUGGGAGAGUGACAGGUGUGAGGGUGAUGGGAGCGCCUGGAGGUGUGGAAACUGUGAUAAAAGUGAGGAAAGAGGUUGUGUUGUCUGCUGGAGCAGUGGGCUCUCCACAUAUUCUCAUGCUCUCAGGCAUCGGACCAAAGGAACAGCUCGAAACUGUUGGUAUACCACUCAAGAAAGAUCUCCCAGUCGGGCAAAACCUGCAAGAUCAUGUCAUGGUCUCAAUGGCGUUCAUCUCUGAUGUUUCUUAUCAAUCUGGACUGUCUUUAACACGACCAUACGUUGAAACUCUGACUCAUCUCACACAAUACGUGUUUGGAGGGAAAGGCCCACUCUCUAUUUCUCCUCUGGAGGCUCAUGGAUUUAUUCAGUCUGGUUUGCAAGAGGAGAGUGAAAGCCGACCAGAUAUUCAUCUAUUGUUUGUAGCUGGACGUGGAGAUCGACGUCAAAUAUCCAGCAUGAACUUCGAUACCGUGAAGCUUGACAAAUUAGUUGGUUCUUUGUGGAGAGGCUCUGAAGAAAUACUUGCUGUCAAUUUUCUGUCUGGUCUACUUCACCCUAAGAGUGUCGGAGAGGUUCGUUUGAAUCCAGACGACAAGUUUGGACCUCCAUUGAUUGAUCCAAAGUACUUUAGUCACCCAGAUGACAUUGAAGUUGUUUUGAAAGGCAUUCGUGUUUUGGAAGAAAUUCAAAAAUCUUCUGCUUUUGAUAUAUUUCGACAGAACAACAAUACAAUGAAGUGUAGCAUGGAAAAUUCAAAUGCUCCGUACCCGUAUCCAUCUGAUGAAUUUUGGAGGUGGUAUAUUUUAAAUAACCCUCUGACUAUUUACCACCCGGUGGGCACAUGCAAGAUGGGCGUCGACUCGAGCAGUGUUGUGGACCCUAGACUAAGAGUGCACGGCUUCACAAACCUGAGAGUGGCGGAUGCUUCAAUCAUGCCCGAGGUUAUGAGUGGAAAUACGAACGCUCCAGCGAUAAUGAUUGCUGAGAAGGCAGCGGAUAUGAUCAAGAAGGACAAUUUUUAAUACUGUCUAUAGUUAGGAUUGCGUUUAUAUAUUGUGUGUGAUUUAUUUUUGUGAUUGUAUGUAUAAUUUUGAAUGCCAUAAUUAUGUUCAGAAUGUGACAA